AUGAUUGCAUCUGGUGUUUGUUUUUUAGGCAUUGAGUUUACCUCAAUUGAACUGGAAAUACUUGAACUUGGAUUGUCAUUGAUUGUCAUUGUUGGAUCUUUAUUUCUUACAAAUAAAAAUUCUUUGACUUUGACUGUCUUUCACUUCGGGGAUUUUUUUGGAUACUGGAAAAGGGUUUCAUCACUUGCUAAAGCGAGAAUGCUAAAGAGCUUCUUAAAUAACCGGCUAAUUAUCAAACAGGCGAAACAAAUUCAUGCUCAAAUCAUUAUUACCAGUCUUAACAACCUCCAGCCCCUCUUGCUUCAUCAGUUCCUUCUGUCAACUAACAACUGCUCUAUAAGACAAAGUGUUUUCCUAUAUGUGCAAGAAAUCCUUUACAUUUUGCAAAAGCCAGAUGUUUUUUCGUGGGGUUCACAGAAAGCUCUUUUGGAUUUGUAUAUGAAACUGGGUGAUACGCAUACUGCAAAAAGGGUUUUUCAUGAGAUGCCUGAGAAAAAUGUGGUCUCAUGGAAUUCGAUUUUAUCUGGGUAUUUGAAAGCUGGGAAUUUAGGAGAGGCUCAAAGGGGUUUUUAUGAGAUUUCAAAGAAAGAUGUUUUAUCUUGGAAUGCAAUUCUAUCAGGAUAUGCAAAAAUGGGAAAUAUGGAUUGGGCGCUUUCACAUUUUCGGCAGAUGCCUGAGAAAAACUCGGCUUCUUGGAAUACUAUGGUUACUGGUUAUGUGGGGAAAUAG